AUGCCGACGGGGAUGUUUGGGUGGCGCGGUAAACAUUUAGGUCGUAUUGGCGGCGCGGGGACGUAUUCGCGUCAACUAUGGUCCCCCCCGCGCGCCUCUGGAGCCACCCUCGCCGAAGAGGGGGUGUCCUCGGCGGUGAAUCGUCAGGAGGAGGAAAACGAGGGCUCCACGAUCCUCUUCACAGUGGAGGGCAUGAGGUGCGGGGGAUGUUCCGCGGCGGUGCAGAAGGUGCUCGUCGCAACCCCGGGCGUGUCGCGUGCGGCGGUCAACCUCGUCACGGAGACCGCCGCGGUGGAGCUCGCGGCUGGGGCGUCGGAGUCCACCAUCGCCGAGUUCACCAAGGCUGUCGGGGACAAGGGAUUCACCAUGUCCCCCCGCCCCGUGGGCCGCGCCGCAGAGGAGGCCGCGAUCAAGGCAGAGGCUCGACGCGCGGAAGAGAUGGAGCGUACGAAGUGGGACCUGUACAAGGCGUGGGGGCUGACGGGCCUCUGUCUGGUCACCCAUACCACCCAUCACCUGCACCACUUUGGGCUACACGAGUACGCGCACGGCGAGCUGCUCACCGCGCUCGGGCAGCCGUGGGUCGGGGGAGCCAUCGCCGUGCUAGCCCUCGCGGGACCCGGGGCGGGGAUCAUGCGAGAGGGAUUCAAGGCUUUGGCGAACGGUGCCCCGAACAUGAACUCACUCGUGGGCGUGGGCGCCUCGGCAGCCUUUGCACUGUCCAUCGCGGGGGCGCUCGCCCCCCCCGUCAUCGGUGACUACGGCGUACCGGUCAACAACGACUUUUUCGAAGAGCCCGUGCUGCUCCUAGCGUUCAUCCUUCUCGGGCGAGCGCUGGAAUCGCGCGCCAGGGCCAGGGCCGCCUCUGACCUUCGAUCAUUGUCCACCUUGCUCCCGCUGGACGCGAGACUUGUGGUGGCAGACAAGCUCCCAGAGGUUGGCGACGACUCCGACCCGAUGACGGUAAGUGUGGACCGCCUGGCGCUGCGACCAGGGGAUCUGGUACGCGUCCUUCCAGGUGAGGUCAUACCAGUAGACGGUGAAGUCGUGUCCGGCGCCGCGGCGGUGGACGAGGCGACGCUCACUGGGGAACCCCUCCUUGUGCCAAAGGCUGGCGGCGAUCAGGUCUCUGCGGGUACUGGCGUGUUCGAGGGACCGCUCACCGUCAGGGCCACCACUGCAGGUGACGGUAGCGUCGCGGCAGGGAUCGCGCGGACUGUUGCUGACGCGCAAGCUCGCGCCGCACCCGUGCAGCGGCUCGCGGAUGCCGUCGCGGGUCCCUUUGUGUACGGAGUCAUGGCUGCCUCGGCGACAACUUUCGCGUUCUGGAACUUUGCUGGCGAUGCCUUCUUCCCCGGAGCGCUCUUGGAGGCAUCUGGGGGCGCUGGGGCGACGCUGGGGGCCUUGAAACUCGCCACAGAUGUUCUUGUGGUGGCGUGUCCGUGUGCCUUAGGUCUAGCGACCCCGACCGCGGUCCUUGUUGCCACUUCUGCUGGCGCCCGGCUUGGGCUGUUGCUGCGGGGAGGGGAUGUCCUGGAGGCUUCCGCCCAGAUAGACACCGUGGCGCUGGACAAGACUGGCACGAUCACCGAGGGAAAACCCAGAGUCACGGGUGUAGCAUGUGCUAGCGACGAACUCACCAGUGCGGACGUGCUGAGGCUCGCGGCGGCGGUGGAGUCGACGACAACGCACCCUUUGGCGGCUGCUGUGGAAGAGGCUGCCACUGCGGCAGUCACUGCCGAUCGGGGACCCCAUAACACUCUGCCCCGCGCUGACGACGCCGAAACAUCUCCGGGUCGUGGUGCGGCGGCCAAUGUCGAGGGGAAACGCGUGUACGUGGGCAACCCAGAGUGGGUUGAGUCACAAGUGGGUGCCCCUGCCGGGUCAGCGGCUGCACUGAGCGCCGCUGCGGCGGACAACUCCGAAGCAACCGGUGGGCCGGCGGCUGCCGCGUGUAGUCUCGUCGCCGUGGGCAUUGAAGGUGAGGGUAUCAUCGGUGCCAUAGCACUAGCGGAUAAGAUCAGGCCCGGUGCCGCCGGCGCGGUCCGUCGACUGGUUGAUAUGGGCCUGAAAGUGGUGAUUCUCUCUGGCGACAGGCAGCCGGCUGUGGAUGCCAUCGCCCAGGAGCUCGGUCUUGGAGGUAGUGUGGUAGCCAAGGGUGGUUUGCUUCCGGCUGACAAGGAAGCGUUCGUGAAAGGACUACAGGAGCGAGGCGCGAAGGUUGCGAUGGUCGGUGACGGCAUCAACGACGCCCCAGCGCUUGUUGCUGCAGAUGUGGGAAUGGCUGUGAGCGGCGGCAUGGAGGCCACGGCGCAGGCUGCCGGCGUCGUCCUGCUUGGCGAUAAGGACGACGGAAAGUCCGGGGUUGCAGGCGGCGGCGUGGGUCAAGCCGCGGAUGCGAUCGAACUGGGUCGUUCCGCGCUCUCGAAAAUUCGUCAGAAUCUUGGAUGGGCUCUGGCGUACAACUUGGUCGGGAUCCCGGUUGCCGCUGGAGUGCUGCUCCCGGAGUAUGGGAUCAGUCUCAACCCGGCUGCAGCUGGUGCGAUGAUGGCGCUCUCGUCUGUAGCUGUGGUCACAAAUAGCUUACUGCUUAAGGUUCCCGGUGGUGUGGAGCGUGCGGGCGCUCCAGGUGAUGGACUCAUCAAAAGACCCAGUGCCCGCCCGGCGCCAGCCCGGUGA